AUGGGAAACCCCGCCCUAUCAAAGGCGAAACCUUUGCUUUGGCGCGCAGUCAGCCAGCCUACGUCAACGACUGGCCUCCACCGAGGACAAGUCAACCUUUCGGAACCAAGUGUCGUGCGCAAUCGCUGCCGCUCAGCAGCCGAGAUAGCACAGACCGCGUUCUGGACGCUGCCAAGGGAUCGUCAAGCUCGUACGCCGCAACGCAUCGACCUCGUCUCGACUUCGGCUUUCAGCACACGCUCGAUUGAGAGAUCACCCCGCGAGAGAGAGAGACAGCUCGAUACAGCCAAUAGCACGAGCGAGAGGAGACACGUAGCGCGCCUUUGCAACGACGUUGCUGACAGCGACGCGCUGCCGCCUUCCCUGGAUGUCGGCAUGUCGCUUGUAAUGCCGCUCAGCAUGACUGCAUUACCAAACGCAUUACAGCGCUCGUCACCUUCGCCGACUGGCAAGCGAGCUAAUCGCGGCGUCGGCCCCAAAUCGCCUGUGGCGCUUAACACCGAUUCGCAGCCCGGCUCCCACCAGGCUUCGCCAUAUGAGGACAGUCAGCUGCUGAGCCCGGUCUCGCUAGCACAUUCCAUCGACUCCGCAGAGUCCGACAUGGUCUCAAUGUACACUGAGUCGUCUUCGAGCGGCUACGACGCGUCUGGCCUUGAUGUCGUGCAGCCUGGUGCUGCCGGUCUCGAGAGACGGAGCUCACGGAAACAACGCCCACGGAUGCUCAAUCUGCAGAACUCCUCCCGCGAGCGAACGCAGUCGUCUCCCAGUUUGUUGGUAGCCAAUCGCUCCCAUCUCAGGCCAAGUGAUUCGCCCGUGACGCCGCUAGCGUCCACGCAAUAUGCGCGAUCAGGCCACCAGCGACAGAAAAGCUCUGGAGAUCACGACGCAACGCCUGUCAGCCUCGCGGGCGGCAUGACGCGAAGCUUAGCUUCCGCCUCCUUGGUCGAUUUCCUCAACCCUGCAAGCUCGGGCCUUGAGCGGCCACUGUCACCGCAGAGCAUGCCAGGAGAACGUCGAAGAUCCAUUCUCAAUGAGACCUUGCCUGCUUCGGGCUCUGCUGCGUCAGUUUCGACCUAUCGGGCGAACAAGCCUGAGAAUUCUGGCUUCGUCGUCAUAUCGCGUCCCGUCAAGCCAACACUCGAGACAGCACCUCAACGCUCGCCUCGGCUCAGCCAAUCUGGCUUCGCGACGCCUGCCUCACCCAGGGCAUUUCCCCAAUUCAGUCACUAUAGCUAUGAAGAUGCGAUGCCAUCGCCUGGCAUCGUCUCAGCUAGCGCCAGCGUGUCACGCGAGACUAGCGGCGGAUCCGGUCGCUUCAAGCACAUCAAAGGCAAGCAGACCGAUCGCUCAGACUUUGACAGCCAAGUCGAGCCCGUUACAGAGACCAACAAGGUCAAGUCGGGCAAGGAUGCGCUUGGCAGACGCAUGGUCAAUCAAUACGUACGAUUACACAUGAUCGGUCGCGGCGUGCACGGCCGCGUCUGGCUUUGCGAGGACACGCUAGGCUUGCCCGACAGUGGCGAGGGGCAAGGAGAGCUCUGCGCGAUCAAAUCAGUCUAUCGUGAAGACAGACGCAAGCGGUCUCUCAAGCAGGCAAGAAUGGCACGCGCCGCAGCUCGCAGCACAUCCACUGGUCUUGAUGUCAAUGCGAUCAACGCUGCAUUAGAGUCCGGCUCGCGUGCGACAACGUCCGGCAAUCGAUCUAAUCCGGCUAUUGCAGAAGACGACACUGUUCGGCAAGAAAUUGCGAUUAUGAAACGGCUGGGCCACAAGCACAUCGUCAAGCUAAAAGAGGUCAUUGAUGAUGCAAACAGCAAACAGAUCUUCAUGGUGCUAGAAUUCUGCAGCGGCGGUCAAAUCGACUGGCAGGAUCCGGUCACAAAGGCGCCAAAGAUGACCGUCGACGAGUCGCGUAAAAUCUUUCGAGAUGUCGUCCUGGGCCUCGAGUAUCUACAUCACAACGGCAUCAUUCAUCGUGACAUCAAGCCUGCCAACCUGCUCUGGGCAACUCGCGAGCGCGAUUUGGUCAAGAUAUCAGACUUUGGCGUUUCCCAUCUAUCAGAAGCACUCACACGCACGCAUCGAAGUGGUGAGGGCAAUGAUGCCGACGAGACUGGCGACGACAAAGCUCUGCGCAAGACGAAAGGCAGUCCUGCCUUUUUUGCGCCCGAAUUAUGUUUCCCUGUCGAAGUGACGCCCGUUGCUACUCCCUUUGAACGAGGAGAAGGGCAAACUGACUAUGACAUGCCCGAAACGUCUGAUCUGAUGCAUGAUCUUGCUGGCGCGAGAGAGCGGUUGGGACAGAUGGGACGGCCAGUCUCGACUCGCACAAUCACCCUGGUCUCCCAUCCUGUCGCUUCUCAGCCUCACACUGCUCGACAACGACCGCCCAUUGGCAAGGGCAUCGAUGUCUGGGCCCUCGGCGUCACCUUGUACUGUCUCCUGUUCGGUACAACGCCUUUCACCGCCAAUACCGAGUACGAGCUUUACAAUGCCAUUCCUCGCGACAAGGUGCCUAUCCCGGCUCACAUGGGCUCCGAUCGUCGUCUGACAGGCAGCGGUAUCGUCGCCGAGUCCCAUCUGCCAGCUCACGUACACGACGAGUUGCAGGAGGGGCGUGAGGCUGUAGAUCUGCUCAGCCGAUUACUCGAGAAGGAUCCGACUAAGCGCAUCAGUCUAGACGAGGUCAAGACGCACCCUUGGGUGCUUCGCAAUCUUCCGGAUUCUGGCGAAUGGCUUGCAGACACUGACCCUACUCACCAGCAGGCCGUCAAAGUCACAAAGGAGGAAGUCCAGCAAGCGACUGCCGAUCGAGCUUUUCACAGUCGAAAGUUCAAUCCAACCUCGCUCAACCUCAAGGACUCGCUCAAAAAGGCAAUGGAUCGACUGCAAGCUGGCUUUGGCCUUUCCAACCGAAAUCAGAUUCCUACCACGCGUAUUAGGACUCAAUCACAGAGCAGCGCCAGUGCGAUCGAUACCUUCUCUGAGCCCUCGCAGAGCCGCGCGCCGUCACGGCAAAUUUCCAAAAGUGGACCACAUGGGCUACCUGCGCUGUCAAAUGACGAUCUCGUAUCGUUGCCGGACGGCAUGAAGAGUCCGGAAAGCGUCGGCAGCUCUCGUCGCUGGUCGAUCAAGAACAGGCUGGUCGGACACCGCAAUUCGCAAGGCGAGCUCGCGUCCCGUCCAGUCAGCGCACAUAUGCCGCCCAUGGCUCGUACGUAUUCCAAUAGCUCUGGCGCGGGAUCUGCGAUCUCGCCCAAUGCACGCCGGCCGGUGUCCGUCAGUGGGAGUUCCGCUCCGCAAACGGUCGUGGAGCACGAGUUACUUCACCCUCGACAAGAGCAUGCGCGAACUGCUCCCUCUCCCAGCAGGCAACCGUCCUGGCAUCCUGAUCUGAGCCCUGCGCAUCAAGACAGCGAUGCCGAGUCGUCAAAGCGCGUCAAUGGAUUUGCCCGUAUUCUUGGUAGAUUGCGCAGCGGCAGCAAGACACCACAACGAGGUACAAAUACGCCGGAUCUGCCAUUGGGCGCUUCCGCGGCGACUGAUGGCGAAUCAGAUGACGAAGCGAUACCCUUGUCUGCUUCGCCCCUUGCCCACCAGCGCGGCUCGAUCAUCUCAGACGGCUCAAGUGCCAGCAAUGAUCCUGCUGAGCUCGUACACGGCCGCCAAGGAGUGCGCGCACCGAUCACCAAUCUUGCAGUCGAGCCUGUACGGGGCGGCUCAUCCGAAAGUAGCCUGUCAGAUGCUGACGAGUCUGACGGCGAUCUCAUGAACGAUGCCGAUAUCGGCGAUGAAAGUGACGAUGAUGAAGACGAUGAGGCGCUUGCAACGGAUAUCAAGUCCGGUCCUGUUGCGACGCUCGAUGCGCAAAAGACUGAAUUCUUGCCAGCAUUUGAUCGUUUCGAUCAGCUCGGUGUGCCCUAUGGAAAUGACGCUACUCAGACUUGGACAACAGCGGCCCGACCGGACAGUAAUACAGUGCUCGCGACGCCGCGCCUUUCCCUGUCCUCGACCGAAGACGAAUCCCCUCGCAUGUCACCUCGGAUGCCUGUAAAGACGGUUGGACCGACGACGGAUCAUCCCUCAGUUGUACCCAGCCUGUCACCUGUGGACGAACGCAAUCAAAGGGAAAGCAUACAACAUCGGCAUAGCGAAGAAGAUGAAGAAGGCGACGGAGACCUUGAGAUCGAAGUCAAGCCACACCCAAUACCCACCCUACCUCUGUGCGCUUACCAGUCCCCCAUUUGUGUUGUUAUUUUUUUGCUCGUUAUCAAUGAAGCCCAUAUAAAAGGUUUUUUCUGCGCGCGACACCAGGAUUGCAAGGUCCACAACAAGAGCGCAGGAAGCAGAUAG